AUGCAAUUGGUAGUACUUUUUGUUAUAGCAUACAGCGCAGUUGCAAUGACUGAGCCUGCGGUCACUGGCUUUUUUGUAGCACCGAUAUAUAAAAUUGAAGAGAAAGUUGGCGUUUUAGAGAAUCGAUUGAGUGAGGUCGAAGAUAUCGAACGUCGUGUGUUGAACAAAUUAGACCAGGCAUCUGUUGAUGGGAAGAAAGCUGUUCGUGAUCAAGACAGAGCGCAGAUUGGCGAAGUCCAAGUGUGGCUCAAAAAGAAAGUGACAAUGUUAACGAGCGAGAAAAAAACCAUUUUGGACGCAAUGAAGAAGAUGAUGGCGGUUCUUCCUGUCGAACAACGCCUUGCCAUGUUACGUCGGUUGAAGAUAGAGCAUAGAUUCUCUUCUGUCAAAGAAAUGAUUCAAGACGCACACCAAGACACUGGAUUCACUGAGAAACAACUCGAUGAGUUCCAUAAGCAACAAACCCACCGCGCAAAUAUCGAAAAGAAAAUGAGUGUUGCUCGAGAAAAGCUUGCUCUUGCUCAGGUUGAGAAGAAGAAGGCACAAGAGCGCGCAGAGAAGGCCGAGAAAUUAGCAAAAGAAAAAGCCAAGCAAAAGAAGGCAAUCAAAGAACUCAAAGAAGAAAUUAAGCAGACAAAGAAGACUGAAAAGAAGACCAACGCGGUGAUGAACAAGUCAAUUAACUUUGCCAAGAAACAAGCAAAAAAGCAAGCAAAGAAAGUUGAACAACUAAAAGAAAAGGUUAUUGCUUUAGAAAAGAAAGACAAAACAACUCCACAAGAGAAAAAGAAACUUGCCGUUACUAAAGCCAAACUCGCUAAGACUGAACAAAAACAAAAGAAAGUUGUCGAAGGAUUGGUUAAGAAAGUCGAAGAGAAAUAUGACAACAAGAUCAAAGUCCUCCAAGAGAAUGCUGAUAAGAUCAAAGCACAACUUAAUACUGUAAAAGGAACUUCAAAGGCUGACUUAAAACGACAACUUACUAACACACAAGCUGAUAUCCAAACUGAAAAGUUGAAACUUAAGAAGAGAACAGCAGAGGUAAAGGAGAAGAACGCAAUCAAGGCAUAA